UGUUUACAGCUUACCCAAGUUGUUUUAAUUGACAAAUGGAUCUUAAACCAGUACGCGGUUUCAUUGAUUUUCCGGAGUUGUUUUAUAAUCUCUCUUUUUUUUUUUUUGUACCUAAUUCUCUCUCUCUCCAUCGAGUUAAUUGAGUAAAAGUUGGACGCAUACUGGAUCUGUCCUUGAAAAUUGAGUCUUGUUGUGUGACUUUCAUCGAUCUGAUUGCUAUGCUCUUCUGCUGUUUGUAACUUGUAACAACAAUUAUCAUCUUGCUUAAGAUUGAUGGGUUUUACUCAGUGAUUGUUGACAACUUCAGGGAUCAUGAAGCAUAAAGAUGGAAAACCAGGUCCCCAAGGGGACAAAAGUUCAAGGCUUGUCCCCAUGUCAAUCAUGUUUAUUGUGCUAUGUGGAUUUUCAUUUUACCUUGGUGGAAUCUUUUGUUCUGAGAAGAACAGGUUUAACACCAAGAAUGUUGCAAGGGAUGUCCAAUCUCCCAAGAGAUCAGUAGCUACUCCUCUACAAAUUAAACCUACUCAGUUUCCUGUAUGCAGCAGUGACUAUCAAGACUACACUCCAUGCACAGAUCCAAGGAGAUGGAAGAAGUAUGGCCUUCAGCGGCUUAGUUUCAUGGAACGCCACUGCCCUCCUGUAUAUGAAAGGAAGGAAUGCUUGGUUCCACCACCUGAUGGGUAUAAGCCACCAAUUAAAUGGCCAAAGAGCAGGGAUGAAUGCUGGUACAGGAAUGUGCCAUAUGAUUGGAUUAACAAGCAAAAAUCUAAUCAACAUUGGCUGAGGAAAGAAGGGGAGAAGUUCCUCUUUCCUGGUGGGGGUACUAUGUUCCCUAGAGGCGUUGGUGCAUAUGUUGAUCUGAUGCAAGAUCUGAUUCCAGAAAUGACAGAUGGGACUGUUCGAACUGCGAUUGACACUGGGUGUGGGGUUGCAAGCUGGGGUGGUGAUUUGUUAGAUCGUGGGAUUCUAACAGUUUCUCUAGCCCCAAGAGAUAAUCAUGAAGCUCAAGUCCAGUUUGCACUGGAACGUGGAAUUCCAGCAAUACUUGGCAUCAUUUCUACACAGCGCCUUCCCUUCCCCUCAAAUUCAUUUGAUAUGGCUCAUUGCUCAAGAUGCCUUAUCCCCUGGACAGAGUUUGGUGGAAUUUACCUCCUCGAAAUACACCGCAUACUUCGUCCUGGAGGCUUCUGGGUUUUGUCUGGCCCACCUGUUAACUAUAAAAACCGCUGGCGGGGAUGGAACACAACUGUGGAAGAGCAGAGAUCAGAUUAUGAAAAGUUGCAGGAGCUGCUAACUUCUAUGUGCUUCAAACUGUACAACACGAAAGAUGAUAUUGCUGUUUGGCAGAAAUCUUCAGACAAUAGUUGCUACAAUCAGCUGGCUAAGCCAGAUGUCUAUCCACCUAAAUGUGAUGAUAGCCUGGAACCAGAUUCAGCAUGGUACACUCCACUUCGCUCUUGUGUUGUUGUUCCAAACCCGAAGUUUAAGAAAUCUGCGUUGACAGCCAUCACUAAAUGGCCUGAGCGGUUGCAUACUGCACCUGAACGGAUCUCAGAUGUUCAUGGUGGAAGUGCUAGUACUUUCAAGCAUGAUGACAGUAAGUGGACGGUGCGAGUGAAGCAUUACAAAAAGUUGCUCCCUGCCAUUGGGACUGAUAAGAUAAGAAAUGUAAUGGACAUGAAUACAGCUUAUGGAGGUUUUGCUGCGGCUUUAGUUGAUGAUCCCCUGUGGGUCAUGAAUGUGGUCUCGUCCUAUGCUGCCAAUACACUUCCUGUCGUCUUUGAUCGUGGUCUCAUUGGCACAUACCAUGAUUGGUGUGAAGCGUUCUCGACAUAUCCUCGAACUUAUGAUCUCCUUCACCUUGAUGGCCUUUUUACAGCCGAAAGCCAAAGAUGUGAUAUGAAAUAUGUGCUAUUGGAGAUGGACCGGAUUGUGCGACCCAACGGGUAUGCAAUAAUUCGGGAAUCUAGCUAUUUUGUGGAUGCUGUUGCCACCAUUGCCAAGGGGAUGAGAUGGGAUUGUCGUAAAGAAGACACCGAGUAUGGCAUUGAGAAGGAGAAGAUAUUGAUUUGCCAGAAAAAACUCUGGUACUCCCCUAACAAGAGCUCAAGAUGAGGAACAUGGAAAACCAAACCAUGAUGAGAAUCUCUUGGGGGGCAGAAUAUAAAUACAAAUUCGGUGAAUAGAAGAAGCAAAGAGAAGCAAAUUUUUACAGAGAGAUUAGUUAAAAGUCUAUAGAAGCCAAAAAGUCCUUGAAAUUCAUAUUCUUCAACUGAAAAUUAGUUGCCCAAUAAUAUGAUUUUGUUUUAACUUUAUAUUAUAGAUAUAAAAUUCCUUGCAAGGCAGCAACAUGAACCUCGUAUUAUUCCCUUAUUUUUUGUUCAUUAUUUAUUUUCCUUCUUGUGUAUUGUUGUCUUUCUAUGUUGUUUAACCAAGUUGUUGAAAAUAUGCGAGGGCUUGAAUCACUCCCUCACAGCUUGUGAUA